GACCAUUUCGGCACGAGCCGCUCUUAAUACAAGACUAAAAAGAUACCGUGUGUCGCAAUCCAAAGAGAAGCCAUGAAGUUAAACGGGUUUAAGAAUAAUUCAGGUGAAUUAAAGCACAUAAUUAAUAUAUGAACAGUCAUGUUCAUUGAAUCUAAUUUAAUAUAUGUAGUUGAAGAUGAAAUAGUUGAAACUUUAAAAAAGAGAAUCAUGAUUUUCGAUGGAGCAAUGGGAACUAUGAUUCAAAGACAUCAAUUAGAGGAGGAAGAUUUCAGAGGAACCCAAUUUGCAAACCAUUCAAAACCAUUGAAGGGUAACAACGAUAUUCUAAGUAUUACAAGACCGGAUAUUAUUGAGGAAAUUCAUAAAGAAUAUCUGGAAGCUGGAGCAGACUUUACAGAAACAAAUACAUUUUCUGGUACUUCUAUUGCGCAAGCUGAUUAUGGCCUGGAGAAGGAGGCUUAUCAAAUAUGUUAUGCUGGAGCACUUGUUGCUAGAAAAGCAGCUGAUGAAAUUACUGCAAAGACUGGAAAGAAGAGAUAUGUCGCUGGAGCACUUGGUCCAACUAAUAGAACUUUGUCAAUUUCUCCUUCUGUUGAACGUCCAGAUUUUAGGAACAUAACUUUCGACGAAUUGAUGAUUGCUUAUAAAGAACAAGCACAAGCUCUACUAGAUGGAGGAGUAGAUAUUCUAUUGGUUGAAACUAUCUUUGAUACAGCCAAUUCAAAGGCGGCUUUAUUCGCUAUACAAUUAAUAUUUGAUGAGGACAGUUCCAAGGAAGUGCCUGUUUUCGUAUCCGGUACAAUUGUUGAUAAAAGUGGUAGAACUUUAUCUGGUCAGACAACUGAAGCUUUCUUGACUAGCGUUUCUCAUUCAAAUCCUCUAUGUCUUGGUUUGAACUGUGCCUUGGGAGCCUCAGAAAUGAGACCUUUUGUAGAAAAUGUCGCAAUGAACACAGGCGCUUUUGUUCUAUGUUAUCCAAAUGCAGGUCUACCAAACACUUUUGGUGGAUAUGAUGAAACUCCGGAGAUAACUGCUGGACAAUUAGAGUUAUUUAUUAAGGAUAAAUUAGUAAAUAUUGUGGGUGGUUGUUGCGGUACCACUCCAGAUCAUAUAAGAGCAAUAGCGGAAGUUGCCAAAAAGUAUAAACCUAGAAUACCACCAGUUGGCCUACAUCAAGAUACCUUACAAUUAAGUGGUAUGGAACCAAUGUCAAUAGGAAAAUUAACAAACUUUGUUAAUAUCGGUGAGAGAUGCAAUGUUGCUGGAUCGAGAAGAUUUUGCAAUUUAAUAAAAAAAGACAACUACGAAGAGGCUUUAAACGUUGCAAAAGAUCAAGUUGAAAAUGGAGCUCAAAUUCUUGAUAUUAACAUGGACGAAGGAAUGUUGGACGGUGUAGCAGCUAUGACAAGAUUUUGCAAUCUUAUUGCUUCUGAACCAGAUGUUGCUAAAGUCCCACUUUGCAUUGAUUCAUCAAACUUUGCAGUAAUAGAAGCAGGUUUAAAAUGUUGCCAAGGAAAAUGUGUAGUAAAUAGUAUAAGUUUAAAAGAAGGGGAAGAAGAUUUUAUUAGAAAAGCAAGAACUAUAAGGAAUUAUGGCGCAGCAGUUGUUGUAAUGGCUUUUGACGAAGUUGGACAAGCCACAGACGUACAGAAUAAGGUUGACAUUUGCACAAGAUCCUAUAACAUACUAGUCAACAAAGUUGGAUUCAACCCAAAUGAUAUUAUAUUCGAUCCUAAUAUUUUGACUAUUGCAACUGGAAUUGAGGAGCAUAAUAAAUAUGGUAUUAAUUUUAUUGAGGCAACACGUAUUAUUAAAGAAACUUUACCAGGCUGUAGAGUUAGUGGAGGAGUUUCAAACUUUUCAUUCUCCUUCCGUGGGAAAGAAAGAAUAAGAGAGGCUAUGCAUAGCGUUUUCCUAUAUCAUGGAAUAAAGAAUGGUAUGGAUAUGGGCAUUGUAAAUGCUGGUUGUUUGCCAGUAUAUGAUGAUAUUGAUAAGACACUUCUUGAACUUUGUGAAAGUCUUCUAUGGGAUACAGAUCCUGAUGGAACUGAAAAGUUAUUACAAUACGCUCAAUCAAUGGGCUCAGCCGGUAAAAAAGAAGUAGAUAGUGAAGAGUGGAGAAAAAAAACCGUUGAAGAUAGAUUAUCCUAUUCUCUAGUUAAGGGUAUUGACAAAUAUGUUGUAGAGGACACAGAAGAAGCAAGGUCCAAUCGAAAGUUGUAUCCAAGACCGUUAAAUGUAAUUGAAGGUCCCCUAAUGAGUGGAAUGUCAAUAGUUGGAGAUCUAUUCGGUUCUGGGAAAAUGUUUCUGCCUCAAGUCAUUAAAAGUGCAAGAGUUAUGAAAAAAGCAGUAGGAUAUCUUAUACCUUUUAUGGAGAAGGAGAAGGAAGAGUCGAUGAAAAAAUUAGGUAUAACUGACGUAUCUUCUUCAUUCGUUGGAACUGUUGUACUGGCUACAGUUAAGGGUGAUGUCCAUGAUAUCGGAAAGAAUAUUGUUGGUGUUGUAUUAGGCUGUAAUAAUUAUAGAGUCAUCGAUUUAGGCGUUAUGACUCCUUGUGAGAAAAUCUUGGAAACUGCUAUUGCGGAGAAUGCCGAUUUUAUCGGGUUGUCUGGUUUAAUUACACCUUCACUUGACGAAAUGAUUCAUGUUGCUAAGGAAAUGGAAAGAGUUGGAUUAGAUAAACCAUUGUUAAUCGGUGGAGCAACAACAUCCAAGCAGCACACAGCUGUUAAAAUUUCACCAAAGUACAAGAAUCCAGUUGUCCAUGUCCUUGACGCUUCAAAAAGUGUCGUUGUUUGUAGUUCACUAUUGGACGAUUUCCAAAAAGAAGAUUUUAUCGAAGAUAUUAAGGAUGAGUACGAGGAAAUUCGCGAAGAUCAUUACGACUCUUUAAAAGAUCGCAAAUAUCUUAGUAUUGAAAAUGCUAGGAAAAAGAAGUUUAUCAUUGAUUGGGAAAAUGAAUGUAAACCAACUAAACCAAGUUUCCUUGGUAGAAAGGAAAUCGUAUCGCAAAGUGUUAGUGAAUUAGUUAAAUAUAUUGAUUGGAAGCCAUUCUUCGAUGUUUGGCAAUUGAGAGGAAAGUAUCCUAAUAGAGGGUAUCCCAAGAUUUUUGAUGAUGAAACUGUAGGUAAAGAGGCUAGAAAAGUUUUCGAUGAUGCUCAGGAAUUAUUACAAAACUGUAUAAAUAAUAAUUCACUUAAAGCGAAUGGUGUUUAUGGAUUUUAUAGAGCUCGAUCUGUUGAUGAUGAUAUUGAAUUAUAUGGAGAAGAUGGAACAACCAUUGAAACACUGCACGGUUUAAGACAACAAGCCGAAAGAGAUUCAGUUUAUCACUGUCUUAGCGAUUUUAUUGCUCCAAAGUCGACGGGUAUUGAAGACUAUAUGGGAAUGUUUGCUGUCACUUGUCUUGGAGCCGAGGAAUUGAGUAAAAAAUUUGAAAAGGAGGGUGACGACUACAAUUCUAUUAUGAUUAAGGCUUUAGCUGACCGUAUUGCUGAGGCUUUUGCUGAACAAUUGCACGAAAAAGUGAGAAAAGAGUCAUGGGGAUAUAAUAAAGAAGAAGAUCUGGAUGAAAAAUCGCUCCAUAAAAUUCAAUACCAGGGAAUCCGACCUGCACCGGGAUAUCCUAGCCAACCGGAUCACACAGAAAAAGAAACUAUGUGGAGAUUGCUUCAGCCAGGAAACUUGCAAAUAACACUUACAGAGUCUUUAGCAAUGAAACCUGCAGCAUCCGUAUCUGGCUUAUAUUUUGCAAAUUCAAAGUCAAGUUAUUUUUCAGUUGGAAAAAUUCAAAAGGACCAAGUAUGCGACUACGCAUCAAGGAAGAAUAUGACAGUAGAAGAAGUUGAAAGGUGGCUAAGUGCUAACCUUGCGUACGAUCGUGACUGA